GUUCUUAAUUGCAAGACACAAGUGUGCCAGGGGUCUCUCAUGAGCCCCAAAGGUUUGGUCAGAGGCCCUCAAGAUGGACCUACCCCCCCAGAUGAACUCUUACCUCAAGCAGUAGAAUUCAUCAAUCAGUUCUACUGUUCCUGUAAACACGUGAGUGAGCACCAAUCACCCUCAGCAGGCACCGCAUUGGGGGCCCCUGAAGAGGAUGGCGCUGAAUGGUGUACAGACUCAGCCUUUGAGAGAGAACGUGAGCUGCCCACCGCCAAAGGGACCCUCUCGAAUUCAUCAGCUGAUCAGGCACUGAGAUCCACUCAACGAAGAACGUGGGCCACUUUGGAAGGUGGACCUACAGCAUUAAGGUUGAAGUCCCACCUCACCCCAAGCCUGGCUCAGGGCUCACUUCCAAAUGUCCAGGUUUUUUCUCCCAACCAGGAGCCGAUCGACUUACCUUCCUGCGACCGCUGCCGCCGUGUUUGGGACAUGCCCUCUGCCCUGCAGCUCCAUAGCGGUUCCAAGAGGUUAUGCACCCAGCUUGGUUGGAAGCCCAAAUAUGGCUGCUUUGAUGUGCUUCCACUGAUUCUGCAGGCCAACGGCCAAGACCCCGAGUUAUUUGAACUGCCGCCAGAGCUCGUCCUUGAAGUGUCGAUGGAGCAUCCCACGUAUGAGUGGUUUGCGGAGCUGGACCUGAAGUGGUACGCGGUCCCAGCUGUAUCAAAUAUGCUCCUGGAGGCUGGAGGCCUGGAGUUUACAGCUUGCCCGUUCAACGGCUGGUACCUGGGGACUGAAAUCGGGGUGCGAGAUUUUUGUGAUGCUCAGCGCUACAAUAUUCUUCAGGAAGUGGGAAGGAAAAUGGGGCUGGAAACCAACAAACUCUCUUCCCUCUGGAAAGACAAAGCUGUGAUAGAGGUGAAUGUCGCUGUGCUGCAUAGCUUCCAGAAACAAAAUGUCACCAUAAUGGACCACCACUCUGCUGCCGAAUCCUUCAUGAAGUACCUGCAAAAUGAAUAUCGGACCCGAGGAGGGUGUCCGGCCGACUGGGUUUGGCUUAUCCCUCCCAUCUCAGGCAGUAUUACCCCGAUCUUCCACCAGGAGAUGUUGAACUACAUCCUCUCCCCAUUCUAUUACUACCAGGUCGAUGCUUGGAAAACGCACAUCUGGAAAGAUGAGAAACGGAAGCCAAGGAGCAGAAAGGUCAAGUUCCGCAUCUGGGCAAAGGCUGUCUUUUUCGCUUCCUCACUGAUGCAGAGAGCCACGGCUGCCCGGAUAAAAGUAACCAUCCUCUAUGCCACAGAGACAGGGAAAUCGGAAACGCUGGCCCACCAUCUCAGUGAUCUCUUCAGUUGCGCCUUCAGUCCCAAGGUUAUCUGUAUGGAUAGUUACAAUCUAAGUGACCUGGAGAAAGAAACUCUGCUUCUGGUGGUGACCAGCACUUUUGGAAAUGGUGAUUCACCAACCAAUGGCAAAAAACUGAAGAAUGCUCUGCUGGCUAUGAAGCAGCUGAACAACAAAUUCAGAUAUGCUGUUUUUGGCCUGGGGUCAAGCAUGUAUCCAGAGUUCUGUGCCUUCGCUCACGCCAUUGACCAAAAGCUUGCCCAGCUGGGGGCCUCUCCAGUCGCCCCAACAGGAGAAGGGGAUGAACUCCAUGAACAGCAGGAAGCUUUUCGUGGCUGGGCAGUUAAUACCUUCCAGACUGCCUGUGAAAUCUUCAACAUGCAUGGGAAACACGGGAUUCAGUUACCCAAAGCAUACACCUUCAAGGAAACCUGGAAUCCCAGAGAUUUUAGGAUUGUGUACGACUCUCAGCCGCUGAAUUUGGGGAAAGCACUUGGUGACAUUCAUGGGGAAAAUGUGAUUCUAACAGAGCUCAAGUAUCGACACAAUCUGCAGAGUUCACAGUCCAGCCGGGCAACCCUCCUCAUUAAGCUUUCCUGCAAGACUAAUCAAGAAGUCCAGUAUCUCCCUGGAGACCAUCUCGGCAUCUUCCCUGGCAACCAGAAAGCUCUCAUCGAUGGAAUUGUGGCCUGUGUGGCGGAUGCCCCUCCCUCUGCUCAAAUCAUCAGACUGGAGACAUGUUGUGACCGUGGCUACUGGAUGGCUGACAGGAAGUUUCCAGCCUGCACCUUCUCCCAAGCCCUGAUGUAUUUCCUAGAUGUCACGACCCUUCGCUAGCAGAUGCUCGAGGGGCUUUCCCAGAUGGCAGGAGAAGAGCGGGAUAAGGUGGGGCUGGGCCGCUUGUGCCAGAACUUGGAGGAAUAUCACAAGUGGAAGUUUCAAAACAGCCCCACCAUCCUGGAAGUCCUGGAGGAGUUCCCGUCCAUUGAGGUCUCAACCUCUUUUUUGCUAUCUCAGCUGCCUUUGCUAAAACCCAGGUAUUAUUCAAUCAGCUCCUCACCAGACUGGAAACCCAGAGAGCUUCAUCUGACGGUUGCUGUGGUCACCUACAGGACCAGAGGCGGAAAAGGUUCUGAGCACCACGGGGUAUGCAGCACAUGGCUGAACACAAUCCCCUUGAAGGACACCAUCCCCUGCUUUGUGCGCAGUGCUGAAGGAUUCCGGCUUCCAAAAGACCCAAACAAGCCAUGCAUUCUGAUAGGGACACCUGCGUAUUGCGGAAUUGCUCCAUUCCGAAGCUUCUGGCAACAACGCCUCUACGACUUGGAACAGAAAGGAAUCAAAGGGAGAGGUAUGAUGCUCUUGUUCGGCUGCCGGCACUCCAACCUAGAUCACCUUUACAAAGAAGAAAUUCAGGAAAUGAAGAGGAAAGGAGUCCUUCAAGAAGUCUAUACAGCUUAUUCCAGAGAGGAUGGUGAGCCCAAGGCACAGGCGCCUCAUCCGAUUGUUGCAGGAGAGGAAGAGGAGGCGCUGACUGACUGUGAACCACCUCAAACGGAGUCUUCCCUCUCAGCACCAGAGAACUUGCGAGACAGAUAA